GAAAAAAGAAUUUUAUUAAAGGUCUAUAAACUGUUUUUUACAGAAAUCUGCGAUUGCGGAAAGUAAAGGACCCGUGAAAGAUGAAGCUCGAAUUGAAGAACUGGAACAACUCAAACAGGCAGCAGAGAUAAAGAAAAUGAAGCAGGAAUUUGAAGAAGGAAAAGUUGCCAGCACCGCUGAGGAGGAGCUUCAAGCCGUUAAGGCAGCUAUGGAGGAAGAGCGACAGAAACUUACUGAGCUUGGCAAG